GUGUUUCGACCUCAUCAGGGAGCUGGAGACCAACGUCGUUUCGACAGCCCCGAGCCCGAUACCCCCUUGGCGGCUAGCCGAGGAGUGCCCUGUCUGCCCCGAGGUGCCGGAGGGAGACGACUACCACGAGUGGUUCGAGAAGGUUGUAAUCUGCUUCUUCGGCCACCUGGUGUGGCGCACGGUGACCGCGGUGUUCGAGAGGCUCGCCUUCGCCUGGGACGGGACCGUCGCCGCGGCGGAGGCGUUCUCGCAUAGGCUGUCGCCUGGGGGGCUGCUGGGCGUGUGCUACUCGGACGAUUCCGUGUGGCACGAGCGCCUGCUGGUCUACCCCAGUGUGGAAGGCAUUUGGUUCAUUCAAAGUCCCGACGGUGAUGUGUAUGAGGAGGGCCCACUGUGCAGGGACAGCAAUACUGGACCUGCCCAGGCCGUGCUGCUGAACGAUCUGGGAGAUGAUGCAGUGAUUCCAGAUGGCAGUUUCUACAGAUUCCGUGAGUACCCCAGCGACGCUUCCUUCCGUGAGCUCAUGCGCAGCUGCCAGAGGAUGUUAGUGGAGCGGGGCCAGGAUUUAGUGAUCGAGCACCCGACAGAGUAUGUAGGCCCCAACGGAGAGCGGCGACCCUUUCUUGCUCGGAGGGUCACUGGAAAGAGGUCCCCUGGUGCGCCCGAUCCUGGCGUGGUCGGCGCUGCCCCAGUGCGCGCCCGUGAAGGGCAUGGCGCUGGGGCGCCCUCCCGCGGCCUGGGCGGAGCGGCCGAAGGCAGUGCGGUUGAGGGCCGGGAGGUUGAGGUGCUGAAGGACGAGGAUGACCCCGAUGAGAUGUGGGUGACCGUGGAGACGUGUGGCGACGUGCUCGAGGGGACCGAGGUGAUGCUGAAGGACACGGACGUGAGCAGAGGUGACCAUGCCAUCAUUCGGCUUAGCCCUGGGGUGCUCGUGUUCGCCAGGAAAUACAAGGAGGGCCAGGAGCUGUUGAAGGCUGCGACGGGCACCGACACCCCACGAGAAGGAGGAGUGGAGGCUGCGAAGGUCACGCCGGUGCCUGAUGACCCAGGCACGGACGCCCGCGUGCUGUCGCCCGUGAAGUACGACACAGGAGGGAGACGGUGGGAUGACUUCGCCAGCUCCGUCGGUCGUAUGCAUGCCGAGCCGAUGGAGGACUUCCCGUUGGCCGGCGAGAGGUCCACGAUGUGGCUGAUGCGGUAUGUGCGGGACCGCGGGGGAACGAUCGACGGGAGGCAGACCAAGUGGGCGCUCGAGAACAAGGUCGAGCGCAGCAGCACAGCCUUCUUGAUGCACGACCUGCUGGGCCUGGCCUUGGACCUAGGGGUGUGCUACGACCAGCUGGAUGUGGCCAAUCUCGGGUCGUUCGAGGUCAUCAGCCGCAUGUACCAGCUGUGCGAGGAGACCGCCGGCUCGUUGCAGCUGGAGGGCCUCGAACACUACCCGGGCAGGGACGCCGCGGGCGGGCUCAAGCGCGGCGUGGCGCUCUGCCUUGCUCCGGCGAAGCACGCGACCGACAUGCAGUGCAAGGAGACAGCUCGGGGGAGCGCCUCGGCCCCCGUGCUGCUCACAGAGGCGGAGUCCACCGGCGUGAGGCGGCGCCUGAGACAGAACGGCGCCUUCCACUCCCUCUGCGUUGGUAAUGUGCUGGUGGAAGGGCACGAUGCAGAGGAGGUGGGAAGGAUGGGGAAGCGAGCCGCUGAACUCCUGGAGGGUGCCGGCUAUGCCACGCGCGAUUCUAGCGACGCGGACGCCCGCAUGGGCACUCUUGGCGUAGAGCAAGAUGGCAAGCAUCAGAUGGCGCAACUUUUUCCAACUCGCUAUUGGAAGCUCUGGUGUGCCAUCCAAGUACUAUUAAAAAACCGAGUGCCGAUUACCAGCAAGCAGAUGGAACGGCUCCUGGGACAUUUUACCUUUGUCGCCUUACUCCGUCGGGAACUCUUGCGUGCCCUGAGGGCGUGCUACGAUUUCGUAUCCUCGAGGUUUUUGGAGCCCAGGGAGAUCUGGUCGAGUGUGGGGCGCGAGUUGAAGAUGGUGCAAGGCCUGCUGAUGUUUGCACGCAGGCACCUGGGUUCGGCGUGGGGCCCGCGUGUCACGGCCUUCGACGCCUGCGAGAGCGGGCACGCGACGGUCGAGAGCACCGCCGACGCAGGCGAGAUUCAGCAGAUCGGAAGCUGGCAUGGGAGGUGGCGUUACAAAGGUGGCGACCGAGUCGAGGACCCCCUUGUAUACCAACCCCGCCAACGUGCCCUCAUGAGCAUGAACGAGGAAACGAAGAUGGACCCCAAGAGUAGCGAUCUAGGUGCGAACCCCGUGUUCCCAGAGGUGCCCUAUGAGUUCGUAAAUAAGCUGUCUUGGAGGACCGCGAAUUUCCGGCCCAUCUUCAAUCCAGAGGCCAUUCACAUCUCGGAGAUGCGGGGGUUCAUGGGCACUAUUCGGAAGCCUCCUCGAGUGAAGAAGGCUGCGAAGGCCAAGGCCUGCCCUGUUCAGGAGCAGCUGGAUAUGAGCGUGCCCGGCCUGAUCAAGAGGCUGGGAGGAGGCCAGGGUCAUCCGAUCCUGGGUCAUCUGGAAGCUGCAGCCGAGCUGACCGCUGAGGAGUUGGUCAGCGUGCAGUUCUCGACCGCAGCCGAACGGCUAAAGAAGUACGGCGACCUCAGGGACACCAGCAAGCAGCGUGGAAUCCAGGAGCAAGCUUCGUUGUUGCCCAAGACUCGAGCCCAGUACGCCGACUACAUCGAGAAGUUCAUGAAGGCCGACUGUUUGACCAGCCUGGAGGAUCCGCCCCCGCUGCUGGAUGCAAAGAUGGUGCAUCACAUGGACAGGGCGCUCCGCGGCUGGCGGCGGCUGGUGCCAAGCCGCACGCGGCGGCCGCUCCCAUGGUGCGUGGCGCCUGGGAUCGCAACUGCUCUGAUGCGAAAGUACGGCGUGGACUUCGCGCUGUGCUGGCUGCUGAUGCAGCACAUGACGAGCCUGGCCAUCAUUCUUCGCCCAGCAGAAGACGGAGCCCCCAGCAAGACAGGGGCCGUGGACGAGAGCCUGUUGAUCAAUCGCGACUGGCUGGCCUCAGCGCUGACCCAGUAUGCCAGCACCAGGCCAGCAGCCGGAAGGCUGUGGGCCUUCGACCUGGCGCAGCUCCGCGAGCGGUUCCUGGGCGCGCGCCUGGAGCUGGAGCUGCAGCAGUGGCAGUCGGUGCUCUACAUGGGGCGCCACACCGGCGCAUCCCUCGACAGGCUGGAGAAUCGUGUGAGCUCGUCGGAGUUACAGAAGCGCGGCAGGUGGCGGUCGACUGCGAGUGUUCGGCGGUGCGAGAAGCGGGCCCUGGUGCAGGAGGUGUUCAACAGCCUCGCCCCAGGCCCGCGGCGUUUUUGUCUCGGCAGCGAGCAAUCGUUGCAGGCCGAGGUGAGCAGGCGGGUCGGCCAGCUCCGCGCCGACAGACCGAUCGGCAGAAGCUGA